AUCGAACUGAGCGACAGCAGCUCCGACGACCGGCCAGUGAGAAAGGAACGAAAAUUGGAGGACGUCCAGCCUUCUAGUGGUAAUGCGGCUGCGUCGUCCACGGCCUCACAGGCCGGCCAGUCGUCGAGCAGCGCGCUGCUCCCAGCUUCAACCGCCUCCGCAGCCUCCAAGGAUCACCCACCGCCGUCCGCACUCCGUGUGGUAAUUUUGGACGAGUGUCACAUCGCACCGGCACAGCAGGUAGGUCAGUUCCUGAAGGAACUGCGUACCAAAAACCAGGGCCUCAAGAUUUUGAGUCUCACGGCCACUCUGCUGCGCGAGUCUGUGGGCUUUCGGAACUAUCACAUGUCUUCGCCAGACAGCGAGGCUGGGGGUGGUCGCGCCAAGGACGCCACAACAUCAAAUGCAGCUGAAAUUGAAAACAAGAACAAAAGCUGGCUGACAAGUCCGAGCUCUUCAGCUCCUUCAUCUUCCUCACAAAGCCGAAGCCCCCUACUUGACGAGGAAGAUAACGACGAUUUGAUGGACGGUGCAGUCGGAAUCGAAGAUCUGGAGCGUGCAGCUGCAGCGAAACCGCCCCGCAGUAAGAUGAUAAAAAAACGGCAGAAAAAAUCGAAGACGAACAAAGAUCCGUGGCGCAACGUGGUUGGUGAGGUGGUACACGCGGUCGACUCGGAAACGCUGAUAGCGCAGGGGUUUCUCAUGCCCGUUGAAUGCAUCCAACUCGAUGUCGCCUUGGAGGUGUCCACUGCUGGAAAUAGAGAAGAACUACAACUACCUCAAGAACCGCCACGACCUCAAGCACCCGCUACGUCCUCUGCGAGUACAACCAUGACCACCAGUCUUUUCGAUUCCAGUGCGGAUCACCGAAAAAUCCUGGCCCUCGAAGGUCUGCUCCUCCUGCACCAGAAUGAUGUGGUGCUGGUGUUGUGCGAGUCCCGCGAGCUGUAUCCAGGAAAAAACACCCAUCCCCAUCCAACUUGUAAUGCAAAACAGGCAUAAAUGCCUUUGUUUGUCAUGCAAAAAAUGGAUGGGGAUGGGUGUUUUUUCCUGGAUAGGCUGGCGCGGCGGAUCUCCAUCGUCUUCGGCAUUUGCUGCUUGGACGGGAGCGUGCCGAAGUCGACCCAGGACAAGGUGCUGGAGCAGUUCCGGGAAGGCAAAAUCCGAGCCAUCGUUGCGGUUCACUUGCUGGACGAAUCCUGCGACGUACCCAAUUUGGAGGUGGUCAUCCAGCUCAGCGGAUUUUUCGGCUCGCGACGGCAGCAGCAGCAGCGGAUCGGACGCCUCCGCCGGAUUACGCCGAAAAAACUCGACCGGCUAAGAAACCACAUAGAAACCGAAUCCCGUCGUCCGGACGUGCAGGAGCUCCCUGAGGGCGCUACUAGGGCAGCGGCCUCAUCUUCAACUACGCCUGCGGCUGUUUUACUAUCGUCCUCGAGCUCCUCCUCCUCGAGCAGCUCUUCGCGGCCAGCACUUCUCAAGCUCCACGUCGCGAAGAACAACGAGACAAAUCCAUCACCUCCUUCAUCGCCACCUGCUCAACACACCUUGUUCCGGGGCUUGCGCGAGCCGCGCUUCUAUGUGCUUGUGGACUCGAAGAGCGCGACACGCGAAUACCAGGACAUGCUGUAUCGGCAACAGACGCUAAAUUACAGUGUGUGGGACUGGACCAGGUGGAAGGCGGAAACGCACUUUCACAGCUUGUUUGACAAAGACAGUGUCAACAAUGUUAGUGCUCACAACGAUCAUGAACCUCAAGAACCUUUGACUUUGUCCAACGGCGCUGCGGAACAAGAGCAGCUGAAGCAAACACUAUCCCCUGUAAUAUCGCAGCUGCGCCCACCCGGAUUUUCUGCCUUGGAAGUGCUUGGAGAGGAAGUUUUUGAUCUACGAGUUCAUGACUUUACAACAAAUAACCGAGCCACUGGUACUCUUCUUGGAGGAACUCUCUUUUCAUCGUCUAACCACCGAGGGUUCUUAUCCGCGAACCAGGAGCACACGUUAUCUUCCUCGUCUUCUCUCUUCGGAGACUAUUUGGCCGAGGGCGCAGCGUCGCGGCAACGGGAUUUGUUUUCUUCCGGUAUGGUCGUCAGUACAACCGGUGACGAUCGUGCGCGUCGUGGAAAUGAUCAUGGUGGAAAUUAUAACAUGGGAAAGCCGGCCCCUUCUGCAAUGGCUUCUGCCGACGUCGAUGUUGAUCAUGUGUCACUCAGUUCAUCCUCCGACUCAUCUUCUAGUAGCUCCUCCUCGAGUAGAGCGAAGCAGAAACGGGACGACAAGAACACUUCUGACUCUCAGUUCACCUCCGACUCUGAAGUUUAGAAGCUUACAUCGUUCAAGUUAGAAGCAUUUUGCGCAUCUUCUCUAUCUCC